AUGACUGCUAAGCCCAACAAUUGGGAUGAAACCCGCGACUUGAGCAUCUUUGACCCUGAGCGAUGGCUUGUCUACAAGGAGGGAGAGUCUUGGAAGGACGCAGAGUUUGAUGCAAAUGCGGCUCCACAGAUCGCUUUUGGUAUGGGACCACGAAGCUGUUGGGGGCGCCGGUUGGCAUACCUAGAGAUGCGUAUGAUCACGACACUUGUUCUCUGGGAGUUUGAUCUACUACCGGUGUCACUACCACUAGCUGAUCCUAAAGCUAGCUAUGGAAUCGUGCACCGAGCUGAUCAAUGUUAUUUGAGGCUGAGAAGCAGAAAUUAA